CAGUGAGAGAGAGAGAGAGAGAGAGAGAGAGAGAGGAGAAAUCAAAACAUAAAAAUACAAAUCCGACUGAGUUAAGACUUCUGAGUUUGUCGCUUAAACUCGUUCGGAAACUCGUUACAGUCAAUUCUUAAACUACAUUCCCUUCCCUUCUCUCUCUACACACAAACGCUCCCAAUUUUUGAUGUCUCCAAUUCCAUCCUCCAACUGAACCACCGCGCACUCCGCCACCUCCGCCGACACCGACACCGAAGCAGCCACCGCCGUACGUAUUCUCAGUCAACCCAUCCAUUGAUUUUGAAACACACUCACCACAUAUGGGCGAGCAAACCCAGGUCCAAACCCAAGCCCAAGACCAGCCCCAGACUCCCACUCAGGCUCCGACUCCGGCUCAGCCGCCGCCGCAGCAUGACUCCAUCGACGACACCACAAUCGCUCAAGUCGGCCCCACACCCACCGAACUGAGCAAUGCUCCGUCCAAGACCUCUUCCCCCCCUUCCAAAAUCCCGUUCCGCCCCCGAAAGAUCCGGAAGCUCUCGCCCGAUACCGCCGACCCCAAUUCCUCCCAUCAAAUCGUCGCCGUAUCCGAAACUCCCAAACCCGUCGCCGCCACCAAGGCCUCCAAGAUCAAGACCGUCCCGCAGCGCGCCGUUGCGGCGCCCAAAAUCGUAGCGCGGCCGCUUUCCUGCGAGGGAGAGAUCGAGACGGCGAUUCGCUAUCUCCGAAACGCUGAUCCGCUCCUAGCUCCGUUGAUCGACCGCCACCCGCGGCCGACCUUCGACAACUUCCACACACCCUUCCUCGCCCUAACCCGCAGCAUUCUCUACCAGCAACUCGCAUACAAGGCCGGCACGUCGAUCUACACGCGCUUCAUCGGGCUGUGCGGCGGCGAGGCCUGCGUCGUACCCGAAACCGUGCUCGCCCAGACGCCACAGCAGCUCCGGCAAAUCGGAAUUUCGGGCCGGAAAGCGAGUUACCUCCACGACUUGGCGCGGAAGUACCAGAACGGCAUUCUGUCGGACUCGGCGAUUGUAAAUAUGGACGACAAGUCGUUGUUCACAAUGCUGACGAUGGUCAACGGGAUCGGGUCUUGGUCUGUGCACAUGUUCAUGAUUAACUCGCUGCACAGGCCCGACGUGCUUCCGAUCAACGACCUCGGAAUCCGAAAAGGCGUUCAGCUUCUGUACAAUCUCGAGGAGUUGCCUCGGCCGUCGCAGAUGGAGCAGCUGUGCGAAAAGUGGCGGCCAUACCGGUCUGUAGCGACGAUGUAUAUGUGGAGAUUUUCCGAGUCAAAUGGGGCUCCUUCCAGCGCAGCCGCCGUGGCAGCCGGUGCUUGUCUGCGACCACAGCAGCUUCAGCAGCAGCAGCAGCACUCGCAGCAUCCCCAGCAACAGCAGCUUAUGGAUUCCCUCAGCAGUCUUAUUAACAUUGGGAAUGGUGCAUGCAUUCAUGGUGAACUAUCCUUUUCCAUGCCAUGUGAUGCAGGGCCUGUUCCUGGGCACCUUGAACGGGAAUGGAAUUGAGACGUUUGUCAGUCCAUCCGCAUCUUUUCUCAACUCAGCUUGGGCAGUGCAAGAAUAGUUCGCGUGCGGAAAUUUGCUGCUAAAAGCUAUGUGACAUUCAAGCCCUUCCAAGGAUCAGAGUGUGUUGAACCCUAUUCUGUACUUACGUUUUGGGAUUGAAUAAAAACUGUCUGUGCUCAAGUUUUAUUGUCUUCAAUUUAGAAAACAUCGACUUUAAGUGGGCGACGAGACCUCUUGUAGGACUCGAUAGAAUGCUAUUCUUCAACGUCUUUACCCCUGAAGGUUCAGUAGACGCAGAAAACACCCACCACCUGUGGAUGUGGUCCGGCGCUCGGUGUGGGCGCGGUUUCAACAUCUGAGACCAUAACUUGGCUGAUUUGGAUUUUGCCCUGGUACUUAAAACAGCCCUGUGCAUUUUUGUUCACAAGUAAAUAUCGAAGGACAAGACUUUAGCUUC